GAUUUUUGUUAUGAUUUGUUGAAAUAUCCGAAGCUCUUACAAUUUUAUUUAAUUGUUGGAUUAUCUUAUUACCAUUUACUUGAGAAUUGUCAACUUUUUGUUUAUUGUGCCAUUGUUUAUCAGUUCUCAGCAUAGCUGAAUAUGGAAGCCAAAGGUGAUACCGUGACAACCAACGAACCCUCAGAUCCAAAUGUGACACAAUACAAACUUGAAAAGGAAACAGAGUUAAGAUUUGAGAUUGAUGGUAAAGAAAAGGUUCAAAUUGAAUUGAUUUCUGGUUUAGCAGAGAUAUUUGGAACUGAACUGAUAAAGGGCAAAAAGUAUGAAUUUUUCAAAGGGACCAAAGCAGCAGUUUUCACUUGGCAUGGUUGUGUAGUUGAUGUAACCGGUAAUUGCAGUCGCAUCUAUAUUGAUCAAGAUACUCCAAUGAAAUUUUAUGCAAAUGUUCAUGGUGGAUUGGAGGUUUUGAGGAAUGAGUGUAAAGAAAAUGGAAAGAGAGGCCCAUUCACUUUAAUAGUUGGUCCAUCUGACACAGGAAAGGCUACACUCGCUCGUAUUUUAUGUAAUUUUGCGAUCAGAAGAGAUAAGUGUCCAAUCCUGAUUGAUCUCAACGUGGCCUCUAACAGAAUUGGAAUACCUGGAACCAUAGGAGUUAAUGCCAUGGAGCGGUUAGCAGACUUAGAGGAUAAAACUUCUCCAACUGCUCCUCUAAUUUUUCAUUUCGGUUCUCUAUCACCUGAACAAAACGUUAACUUUUAUAACUCUCUGGUUACCAGAGUAGCUGAAGUUGUUGAGAAAAAAGUGGAAUUGAACAAACACGUACGAUAUUCAGGAGCUUUCAUAAAUACUUGCAAUUGGCUUGCAGGAGAGAAUGGAUACAAAUCCUUGCUACACAUUGCUGCAGCAUUCGAGGUGGACGUUAUUCUGGUCUUGGACAUGAAAAGCUUAUGCUAUGAUUUAACUCAAGAGCUACCUAGAUCUGUUAAAAUAAUUGACACUCCUAAAAGUAGUGGGGUUGUCCGUCGUAACGCUGCCUAUCGAGAUGAAAUGAGGGAAGAACGGAUAAGAAGAUAUUUCUAUGGAUCUUAUAAGUCUUGUGGUCCUCCUAAAUUUUCACCUUAUGCAUUUAACAUUCCCUUUUCUCAAUUAAAAAUCUACAAAGUUAGUUCAAUAUCCACACCAGCUUCUUGUUUACCGAUUGGAAUGUCUCCAAGAGAUGAUCAAACUAAACUUGUCAAUAUUACUCCUGAUCCAUCUUUGAAUCGUCAUAUUUUGUCGGUCAGUUUUGCUAGCGAUUCAUCUGAAGGUGUUAAAUCUAAUUUAAUGGGUUUUGUUUGUGUUACUCAUGUUGACACAAAGAGAAACUUUGUUCGAGUUCUUUGUCCUCAACCUGGACCAAUUCCUUCUGGGUCUAUACUUUUAUACUCUGACAUUCAAUUCCAAGAUUCAGAUUGAGUUGCAUCCCUUUUAAACCAUAACAAAACUUACAUGUAAAAAGAUCUAUGUUAUUCAAUAAAUCUAUUUAUCUAAUCGUAAA